AUGAUAAAUAGUGCACAAUAUGAAUUUUCAUGUGGGGUUGAAUUAGAAUCGGUUGAUAUUCAACUUGAUAUCGAGCGUGCAUAUGAUUUGGAAUAUCAAUUUAUAAUGACCUCAAUUUCACAUCCAAGAUUUAAUCGUGAUUUUACCAAAGCAUCAAUUGGUAAUAGUUUUAGUAACAAAGUAGCAUUUACAAGAUCAGAUACAUUAUUACAAUCAAAUUAUUGGAGAUCAUCAAUCGUUGGUAAAACCAGUACCAAUGGUAUAGAUUUAGAUUCAAUUGAUCCAACAAUUCGUAGUAAUAGUGUUAAAACAUUAAAACAAGAGAUAUCAUGGGCAGCACAUUUAUCAUUACCAUCAAUUCUCUUACCAACACCAUCAUUCAAUAGUACAAAUUAUGCACAAGUUGUAAAUCAAUCACUCCAAUCACUUUCCUAUAUGAAAGUUUGGAUUAGAAUACCAUUAGUUUCACCAAAAUCACAAUUAUUGAAUAAAUUUGAUUAUUAUCAAGAUCAUAAUACUAGUGGUGGUAGUGGUAAUAAUUUAGUUGAUAAUGAUAAUCCAUGGGAAUGGUGGAACAAUUUUAGAUUACUUUGUAAUCAACAUCCAAAUUUAUCAGCAGUUUUAGAGAUGACAUCAGAUUUACCAUCAAAAGAACAAUUACAACAAUGGUUAGGUGAACCAGUGAAAUGUGUAAUUAUACCAACAUCAGUUUUCUUAACUAAUAAAGCGGGUUUUCCAACAUUAUCAAAAGCACAUCAACAAUUUCUUUUACAGCUAUUCAACUAUAAUAUUCAAUUUGUUGUUAGUGGUGCAUCUAUGGAUACUUUAAAAGACUACAAAACCUAUUUGAAAUUUUUACAUACAAAUCAAAAUCCAUUAACUCAAGAGGAAUACUUUGAAAUGCCAUAUUUAGAUUUCCUUCAAGCACCACUUCAACCAUUAAUGGAUAAUUUAGAAUCACAAACUUAUGAAGUCUUUGAAAAAGAUCCAAUCAAAUAUAAACAAUAUCAAAAUGCUGUUAGAUUGGCUUUAUUGGAUUUGGAUAAAAAAGAUUCAAAAGAUGAUCCAAUCAUUAUUAUGGUAGUUGGUGCUGGUAGAGGUCCUUUAGUAAAUUCUUCAAUUCAAGCUUCAAUUGAAGCUAAUAAAUUUGUUAAAGUUUUUGCUGUUGAAAAAAAUCCAAACGCUAUCGUUACAUUAAGAAAUAGAAUUAUAAUGGAAGGAUGGGAAGAAAUUGUUACAGUUAUUGAUAGUGAUAUGAGAGAUUGGAAUACAGAAUAUAGAGCAGAUAUUAUGGUUAGUGAAUUAUUAGGAUCAUUUGGUGAUAAUGAAUUAAGUCCAGAAUGUUUAGAUGGAGCACAAAGAUAUUUAAAAAAAGAUACAGGUAUUAGUAUUCCAACUUGGUAUACCUCUUAUAUUGCACCAAUUAGUUCAUCAAAACUUUUUAAUGAAGUUACUGCCUAUGGUGAUUUAAAACAUUCAGAAACACCAUACGUUGUUAAACCUCAUAAUUUCCAUCAAUUAGCAGAAUCAAAACCAUUAUUUACAUUCUCACAUCCAAAUAGAGAUGAAAUCAUUGAUAACUCUAGAUAUGAAUCAUUAGAAUUUGAAUUAACAAUUCCAUCAACCACUUGUCAUGGUUUCAUUGGUUAUUUCGAUUGUUGUCUAUAUAAAGAUGUUCAUAUAAGUAUUAAUCCAAGUAAUUUUUCAACUGGUAUGUUUAGUUGGUUUCCAAUUUAUUUCCCAUUAAAACAACCAGUUUAUUUCUCAAAUGGAAAUUUAAAUAAUAAUAAUAAUAAUAAUAUAAAAGCUAAAUGUGCAUUUUGGAGAAAUGUUUCAAAGAGUAAAGUUUGGUAUGAAUGGUGUUUAUUAUCACCAACAAUUACUCCAAUUCAAAAUGUUGGUGGUAGAUCAUAUUAUAUUGGUCUUUAA